AUGAACUUACCGGUCCCAGGGACGUUACGAGAAGCAUUUUCACCGACGUCCGUGAUGAACGUGAUCUUCGGCCUCGAUGUUUUCUACUAUCCCAAGGACAAACCCCGACCAUUGUUAUCAGUGAUCUGGGCUCUACUGAUUCUGUCACUGGACGUGAUACUGAUGAAAAUGUCUAAUUUAUCAGAAUUGACGGUGUUCAUGGGGUCUACAAUCGCGGCCACCAACUAUCGCCUGAACCUUUACGUUCACACCAUUUUUGUCGCUAUCUCGAUGUUCUCCUCACAGUCUAGGUCACAGGCCACCAGAAGCACCUUUCGGAAGCUAAUCCCUAUCAACGCUCGCCUCAAGACACUGGGAAUACCUAAUGACUAUGGACAGGUGUACAAAGCUCAAGUUAUUGAGUUAAUCAUUGGUUUUAGCUUAAUGGUCGUCAUUCAGAUCUUGGAUUAUAUCUACAUUGGUCAUGAUUAUCCUGGAAAAUUCGCUCGCAUCAGUUUCUUAACGGCUACACAUCACUGUAUAGUUUUCACUUUCAUACUUGAUAUCACCUACAACACCAGCAUAAGAUAUUUCGGCAACAGGUUCCAACGGCUGAAGACAUUUCUUGUGGAGUCGUAUUUGGAAAAUAGAGGUAAGGCUCAACUGACCCUGAAAUUAGUCCAUACAAUCUCACAUUAUAACUCCUUGGUCUUCAACGCAGCUCAAGAAAGUGCAGAAUCGAACAGACUUGCGGACAACCAGCGACUAUUGCAUAUUUCCAAAGUAGUCAGAAAAUUACAUGGAGAUCUCUGCACCACGGCCAUGGAUCUGAACCAAGUCUUCGGCCUUCAGGUUCUUCUUUCAAUCGCUUUGUCCUUCGGUAUAUUAACCGCACUUCUGUAUACAGGCUACACUUUGGCCGCGGAUUUACCGACGACUUCGAUGUUCGAGGCCGUGAUGAUUAAGACGGCAGCUGGUCUUUGGAUUGGGUUUUAUGUUGUGAAAAUAAGUAGGCUUGCAGUUGGUUGUGCAACCACAGCCAGCGAGGCCAAAAAGACCGGGGAGUUGAUUCAGGACAUUUUGGAAAUGGCGGCAGUAUACAACAGAGAUAUUCGGGAUGAGAUCAACAUUUUAUCUCUUCAGCUGAUACAAAAUCGCCUCUGCUUCACGGCCAAGGGAUUUUUUACUUUGGAUUAUGCAUUGCUUACUAAGGCUACCAGAAGCACGUUUCGCAAGAUAAUCACUAUCAACGCUCAGCUCAAGUUACUGGGAAUACCGUGUGACUACGAUCUAGUGUACAAAGCUCAAGUCAUUGAGCUGAUAAUUGGUUUCACCUACAUGACCGUCCUCCAGAUCGUCGAUUUUCUCUUUGUCGGUCUCGAUUACCCCAGCGAGUUUGCCCGUACUAGUUUCCUGGUGGCUACACAUCAUCAUAUGUUCUUCACUUUCGUACUUGAUUUCACCUACAACACCAGCAUCAGAUACUUUUGUAACAGAUUCCGGCGCUUGAAUUUACUUCUUGUGGAACUGGAAUUACGAAGUAAGGGCACAAUAGAACCCACCAAAGAAUCUGUCAGUAGAUUUCUGCGCUAUAACUCCUUGGCUUCUAAGGAAAUUCAAGAAAGUGCAGUAUCGGACAGACUCAUGGAUAACGAGCGGCUACUGCAUAUCACCACAGUAAUAAGAAAAUUACACGGAGAUCUCUGCACAACGGCGAUGGAACUGAGCCGAGUCUUCGGCUUUCAGGUUUUACUUUCAAUCGGAUUGUCUUUCGGUGUAUCAAUAGCACUUCUAUACACAGGUUACACGUUGGCCGCGGACUCACCAACGACUUCGUUGCUCAACGACGUGAUGUUAAAGAUUACAGCUGUAUUGUGGAUUGGAUUUUAUAUAGUGAAAAUUACUUGGCUUGUAAUUGGUUGCGCAGCUACUACUCGCGAGGCCAAAAAAACUGGGGGAUUGAUCCAGAACAUUCUAGAAUCAGCGGCAAUGUACAAUAAGGAUAUUCGUGACGAGAUCAACAUUCUAACUCUUCAGCUGAUACAAAAUCCUUUGUGCUUUACUGCCCAGGGAUUUUUCACUUUGGAUUAUACGCUGAUUUCGAAGGCACUGGGCUUUGGUGGCUGGUGCCUAGUGAUCCGAAAGCCACAGGACACUGGAGAAACUCUUGACACUGAAAGGUACCACUGUGAUAAUGUCCGUUGGCAAUGGCUACUCGUCGAAGCAGCAGCCUAGGAUGGGUCGCGUCUGUCCAUCAUCGACCAUCCGCGGCUCCCCCACCCUUGGAUCCUCACAAGCAAAUUCAAGACAUAAACAGCCAGGUCGCCCAGUUCCGGGACUUGUUAAUUAACAUUGGUCAACCACGCGACAGUCCCGAACUUCGCGAAAAGAUCCGGAAGCUUCGUCGAAG